UGCUGCAAGCCGGUGAUUGCUGCAGUGCAUGGAGUUUGCUUCGGUGGUGGUAUCGACAUCAUCACUGCAUGUGAUAUCCGGCACAGUACAAGAGAUGCGAAAUUUUCAGUUAAGGAAGUCGAUGUUGGUUUAGCUGCUGAUGUCGGUAGUCUCAAUCGGCUUCCAAAAAUUUGCGGCAACGAAAGCUGGAUCAAGGAGAUUGCCUUCUCUGCUCGUCACUUCGAUGCUGAUGAGGCGCUGAAAUUUGAUUUGCUCAGUCGUGUGUACAGCGGAUACGAUGAGAUGAUGAGAGAGGUCUUGACAUUAGCGAAGUCUAUCGCUGAAAAGAGCCCUGUUGCUGUGCAAGGAACAAAAAUUAUCCUGAACUACUCCCGCGACCAUACAGUCGACGAAGGACUACAAGCAGUGGCUACAUGGAAUCAAUCGCAGCUAAUGACUGAAGACAUUAUGAAGAGCGGUUUAGCUGCGUUGACGAAGUCUCCUCUACCACAAUUUUCAAAGCUUUAG